ACAACUCUACCAACCAUAACAAUUCGUCAGCUGUUUCUAAUUCGUGCUAAAAUAAGUAAAUUUGCCGGUAUAUUUGUAUUCAUAUAAUAUUUCUACACUUUAUUUUAUAAAAUAAAACUCACUGAUUUUCCUGCCAAGCAAUUUGAAUAAAUUCUGCAACAACAUGGAAGUUAGAUCUAUAAAAAACGGAGAUAAAAUGAUUAUUGAUAACACAGCUUCUUUUAGCCUGAAUGAGAACAUAAGCUGCAGCGAUAUAGACAUGUCAGCAGAAGAGGCGUCGCCGGUAGUUAAAAAUACAAUAAUUUUUAAAGAAAAUACACGCGACUUAUCGGCCAAGUUCACCGAUAUAUCAUUAGAUGAAAGUUGCAUUGAUACCGUUGUAAUUGAAGAGAAUAUAAUUGAAAGUGAUACAUUAAAUGAUACAGCGCAAAAUAAUGAGACGGGAUUGACUGAAAAUGAAAAUGCGCCUGAGGUUAAUGAACUGUUUCAGACCGCAUUGCUGGAGUUAGGCCGGCGUUUGUGGAGUUCUUCACCAGAAAAACAACACUACACUAAAGGUUGUUUGUGGUCGCCAGAUGGUACAUGUAUACUAACACCGGUGCAUUUAGAUGGCAUGCAUGUUAUUGAAUUGCCAAGGGAUCUUUAUACAGCCUUUUCCACUAAAACCGUGUCAGCGAACCGUGAGUUAAGUAAACUAGAAACCGCCGUACAUGUAAAAGAAGGUGGUACGGUUUACGAUUAUGCGUGGUAUCCGUUUAUGAAUAGUAACGCACCGGAAACUUGUUGUUGGUUGGCGUCAAGACAACAUGAGCCUAUACACAUGUGGGAUGCAUUUAACGCUGAGCUACGUUGUACUUAUCGCGGGUACGAUAAUGUUGAUGAAGUGGAAUCGGCCAUUGCUGUUACAUUUUCUAACGAUGGCGAAAAAGUAUACGGCGGCUAUAAAAAAUCUAUAAAAAUAUUUGAUACAAAUGUACCGGGUCGUGAUUCGAGCUCGAUUUCAGUAAAACAAGCCAUCUCAUGUUUUGCGCUCACCACAGAUAACGAUAGGGCAGUGACGACUGGCUCUUGGAAUGGAAAUAUAAAUCACUUUGACUUGCGCGCACCCAAAUUGGGUCCACUAUUUACGCUUGGCGGACAUAAUGGUGGUAUAACAUGGUUACGUUACGCAGUAUUAGCAAACAGUGAUAAUUGGUCACUAUUCAGUGGCGCACGUAAGGAUAAUAAAAUAUUAGAAUGGGAUAUGCGCAACUAUUCCAGUCCAGUAAGAGAGUUUACACGAAAUGUUGCAACAAAUCAACGCAUCUAUUUCGACGUUUGUCCAUAUGAUGAGCGCUGGCUAGUGAGUGGCGACACAUCUGGAUUUUUAUGUAUUUGGGAUUUGGAGAACAAUGUGGAAGAAAAACUACUGUUACAUGGAGAUUGUUGCAAUGGUGCUAAUUUUCAUCCCUCCUUACCCAUCUUGGCGACUACUUCAGGGCAGCAUCACUUUGUGGAUAUGACAGAAGAUGAAAUUGCAUCAAAAUGUAUAAAUACAAAUUUAAAUGCAGAAGAUAUAACUAUAGAUUAUGAAAAUGCGCUGAUGCUGUGGUGGAUUGGUAAGAAUAAUAUUGAUGAUAAUGCCUCUGAUUUAGCAUAGUUGAAUUAUUAUGUAUAUAUAGAUGCAUAAAUUCAAUUUUUUUUCUAUAAUGCAUCCAUUUCUAUUUUGUAAACAUUUGGAUAGAAAGAUUAUAUAGAUAUAAUUUUGUUAUAGCGUUAG